CUCACACUCCUGCCACUCUCCACUGCUCCUACGUACGAUCCCAGAGCAAGUCUGCCGGAGAGGAGACAUGGCGGACUGGGCCCCGGUGUUCAUCGCGCUGGUGCUCUUCGUCCUCCUCUCGCCGGGGCUGCUCUUCCAGGUCCCCGGCAAGAACAGGUUCCUGGAGUUCGGCAACAAGCAGACCAGCGGCGUCUCCGUGCUCUUCCACGCCGUCAUCUACUUCGCCCUCAUCUCCAUCUUCACCCUCGCCGUCCGCGUCCACGUCAUCCUUGGUUGAACGGUUGGGUACCGUGUGCGGAGGAAUGGAAUGCACAUUUUCUCACGUUCGUUUUCAAGCUUCCUGAUUUAGCUUGUACAGGGGCACAGAAGCCGAGCAUGUUCUUCAUUGGGCAAUUUAGUCCCUGAUUUGCUAUUUUC